AUUGACGUCUGAUUGGAGCAGCAAAGCAACAGCGACUGCAAACUGAUGCAUGUGGGAGGAAUGGAAGCAGAGAUGAGUGACUCUGGUAGGACAUGAAACACCACCGUAAAGUGAAUCAGGCUAUUUCGCAUUUGACUGACAUAAGAGACUGGUUUUGUGCUUUAAAAUAAAGCGCAUGAGUGUUUAUGUCCGCCUGCUGCCGCGUGCCUGCCGCACGGCCCCACCCCUGCUCCUCUUCUGCCCGACUCCCUCCGGAUAUUUUUAGCGCUGAUGAUGUGCCCUGUCAAAUCACGUAACGGAAACAACCUCGGUGCUGGAGAAGCAGAGCUGCCGUGCGGAGAACGCUUCAGAUCGUGUUUCUUUGUGAUCUGCAGAGAAAAAGCCGCGGAUGAAAUGAAACUUGAAAAUAUUUUGGCGUUUUGCGUCUUGAUCAUUCUUACCGGCUCAUCGCAGACGAGAGGUAAGGUGUCGUCCCUGGUGUGAGUGUGUGAGAGUGUGUGUGUACUCGUGUUUGAACAGACUUGACAUCCUGCUGACGUUGGGCUCGUUAUCGAUUCAGCAUGUGAUGAUCUAGUCCCUCAAUCUUAGGUAGCUAGUUAAAAACUGCUAGACAGCUGGGUAAUGCUUGGAGGAUUUUCACUCUUUAUUCAACUUUUUGUUGUUAGUCCAGAAGCUACUUCAAAUUUUUGAGAAAUAAUGUGGUCAUUUCUCUUGCUACAUAUUUGGUCAUUAAUUACCGAAUUAGGUCUACCAUUCUAUCGUUUAUUUAUUUGAUCUUAAAAGGACCAAAAUGUACUGUAGGCCUAUUUUCUAUCAAGACUUCUAUUGGUGCUUACUUUGCAUCAUUUAUAUUAUUUUAGACACUAGCAAGAAAAUUAGCCUAUAAGUGAAAAAUAUAAAAACACAUUUUAUCAGAUACUAUCAAACAUCAGAUGUUGAAUUCUGAUCACAGCACAAAGUAGAUAUUUCAGUUUUGGACUGGGUUGUUGCAGGUAGCUCUUGGAGAAAAGGAAAACCUGAAAAGCAGAUUGUGGUUACUCUAGAGGAGGAAUGACAAACUUGAGGGUCAUUUCCAACAAUUUUUGCUUUUGAAAUACCUUUUGCUUUUUAAUCAUACAGACAAACUUUUAGAUAAUAAUUAUAAUAAAAAUAUCUGUUAGCAAUUAGCAAAUUUUAUGCUUAAAAAAGAUGCUCUGCAGUCGUAUAAAGUAGGUCUCUGGCACUGACUCUUCCUUCAAAAUAGUAGUCUCCAAGGUAGAAAGUUACAAAGAUCGAGGGGCCAUCACUGACGAGGACCCUAAGAUAUAUAAUUUGGGGUUGCAACGUGAUAAGAUCCAAUGUGCCACUUUAGUAGUGUGCUCAAAAUUUCCAGCAUGAUCCAUAACAUCAUGGAUAUGCAACAAGAAUAUGUUUGCAAAUACCUUUUAAUCACAGUAUCCACAGAGUAAUCAUAAAGGAUGCUGUGAAGACAAGUGGACAACUCCAAGAGUCUAUAACUAACAAAGGCCCUAAAGAAUACUAUAUAUUUGUGGUGAUGAUAUCAUAGGGCCUAAUGAGAUCAAUAUUCAUAGCGCCUGAAUCCUUAGUGGCCUAGGCAUAAUCCUAUCAAUUAUUUAGAUACUGGUCUUAAGGCAUGUCCCUAUACUUCAGGUUUACAAAUUACAUAAAUUGUAGGCAGUAGAAUUUUCCAUUAGCCAACCAUUUAAAUGUGAUAAUGAAAUCUGAGGUGUGACUCGGUCAUUUUCAUACCGUUUGUAUUGUAAUUUUGAUUACAUUUGUAUUUCACAGGUCAGAACAGCACUGUUGUGUCCCCUGAAGCCUCAAGAUCUCCUGACCCCACAGAGAAUCCUGGUCAUGAAGUCUCACAAAGGACACACAAUCCUCCAGGCCAGGAGGAAACCUCAACUGAAACCACCAUUACAGGAACUGGAGUCCAUUCAGUGACUGUGAAAAGUGAAGCAUUUCCAACUUCGACAGUGAGCUCUACAGAGGCCACAUCUCAACAAACACACAUAUCUGUGGUCAUGACCUCGAACACCGCCGCUGCUACAGUGUCAGGUAUUAAAAACAAAACCUGCAUGCACUUCUUCUGUUUAUGCAUCUUUCUCUAAGCUGCAGAGACAUAGGAAUUAUGGUCAUCAUUUCAUCCAUAAUUCUAAAACCGUGCAUCUAUAAUUUUCCAGUACAGUCUAUUUACUUUGUCCAGAUCCUUAAAAUAAACUCUCCUACGAACUGAACGCUCUUUAAAACACACAGAUGGCCUCCUCACACUCAGCUCCACUGCCAGAGGAGUUCCAGGAACAUGGUCCCAGCCCCCACUAUCUCCGACCCCACAUGACUGGAGUGAGAGUGAGAGUGUGUGCCAUAACCUCAUUAAAGAGAUUCCUUUUUAUAGAUCAGAUAAAUAUAACCCCUCUGAGUGGCUCCUAAAUAACCAACAAGCCUUUCAGAUCACACCUCAGUCACUUUCCCUGCUGUUACCGCUCUUCUGUGUCUUCAUAGAUUUGGCUGAAAUACAUAUGUUUGUGUUUGAGUUUAAGCUCCUGUUGUAGUUUCUCAUUUCGGGAGCUUAAAAUGAUAACAGUAAGCAUUUGUAUUUGUCUUGUGACCUCAUGGAAAGAAAAGGAGUGUUUUAUUUUUUUCUCUCUGACAAUUCUAUGCAUCAGUGUAGUAUUACAAAGAGGCUAUUUUGCCCACCAGAGCACUAAUGGCUGCCUGUUUUCCUCAUGCUACUUUGUAAACAGUAGAGAGACUUGUGAUUACAUAGCUUGGAGUUCCUUGAACACACCCCCUCCCCAGCUGUCAAUGUGAGCUGUCGAAUGCGAUGUAAACAGACACAUGUGCUUAAAGUGAAGGAAGGAUAUAAACAUGGUGAAUGAGAGGAACAGCUGUAAGCUAGAAAGCUAUCUUGAUGUAUGAUCAGUAGUUAAAGAGAAAACAUCAACAAAUAAUAAAGCCGUUAUUGACCCCAGAAAAUUAAAUUAAAUAUAAACAAAUACUUACUUUGUAAGACUUAACAACUAAGGCUGAAAGACUGAAAGAUUUGUGUUCUCUUAAUGACAGCCUAGCCCAAAAAUAUUUGUAAGACAGGCAUGGAUGGCAAGCACAGAAACAGAACAUUGAGGGACCACGGAGCAAAUUAUUCUUGUUUUUCUGCUUAAAAUCUGUGACUAAUAGUUAAAAACUUCAUCAUUUAAACAGACAAGCAAAGAUGUCUUUGUCCACAGGGGGCACCAUAAUUGUACAGUAGCCUCAUAGUAGCUUUAAAGGGAUAUUCCAGCAUAAAGUUAAUUUAGGGUCAAACACACUGUAACACCAAAUUAGACACCCCCUCGAGAAAUGAAUGAUCAUAAAUGUUCUUCCUUGAGUCUGUAAUGGAUUGCCGAGGUCUUGCUACAAACAAGCGGCUGCUGGAAGAGAGUAGGUGAUUAGUGUUUAGUCUCUUUGCUAAAAAUUAGGCAGAGUUAAAAAGAUGUUUGGUGGCUAGUGCUGUGGCUGGGAUCCUAUAUGUACUGUUGAUGAAGUUAGGUGCUGUUCUGAGCAUUAUUUGUGGCUAUAGAGUGGCGUUUUGGUUGAGGUUUGUUUAUGGCUCCUCAGACUGCUGUGUUUUGCUAUCGUGCGGUCGUUACUAAAGUUGAUAUAACUAGAGAAGCGAGCGGUCGGCAACAUUCAUCUCUAUUGAGGUGGUGUCUAACCCGGUGUUGCGGUGUGUUUGACCCUAAAUUAAUUUAAACCUGGAAUGUACAGGAUUUUUUUUUUUGCAAAAGCAAUGUUGAUUACCUUUAGAAUUUGGUCAUGCUAAUGUGAGGCCAAACGGAGAUCAACUCAUUUUGGGGUGGCAGCCUCUAGUGGUCACUCAAGGAACUGAAGUUUUUGGCAUUUUUGCUUUAAAUAUCUCGCAAACACCCGAUGAUAGCUGCUUGAUGAAAAUACAAGCAUUGCGACUGAAAGGCCUUUGAGUUGUUUGUUUUGUGAUCAGUUUUAUGAGUUACCUCCACCUGCUGUGUGGAUGCUUCGCUCCCUUUGAAGAAUCUCUGCACUGUUUUGAAUUGAUACAGCUCUGCCAUUAAAUCAAUCUCCACUUUCAGCUUCAACACGCAGCCUUUCAUCCACACCAACCGUACAGAGCUCCACCCCUCCACAGCACAUCUCCACCACUGAAGCCAGAGUCCCGCUGACCACAGAUCCCCUCACCACCUUUUCAUCUCCGCCAGCCCACACGGUGCAAGAUACCAGCUCUACAGCCCACGCCUCCACCGUCCAGCGGCAGUCUGAGUCACUGACCACUACACCCACACAGCCAACAACCACAGGAUUCCCUUUGACCUCAGCCCCAGGCCAGAGUCCUGCAGGGCCACCACACAAGGAGGUCCCAUCUGAACUAAAUGUUGGAGAUGAAGGUGAGAGAAGGUCAAGCAAGGACUGCUUAUUUUCUUGUUGCGGCUUAAAAUUGUGUCAAUUAUAAGUUUCUCUAUUUGUUCGUCAUUUCAGACCAUAAACCCCGCUCAAAUUCCUCCCUCGACCCUCUGCUGGCUGGCCUUCUGUCAGUGUUCAUCGUCACCACUGCCAUCAUCUUCAUCGUCCUCUUCCUUAAAUUCCGGCAGCGAACAAAUCACCCAGAGUUCCAUCGGCUGCAGGACCUGCCCAUGGUGAGUUGCACUUUUUGGUGCAUACAUUUGUCACUACAGGCAACAAUACUGGUCCUAAAGAUCACUUCCUAAUUUUGACAAAGGGGCUCUUGACUCAUUAUUUCCCAUGCUGCUACAGUCACGUCCAGUCAAAUGUAUUUAUAAAGCACAUUUCAAAACUACUCUUGUUUGUAAAAGUGCUAUACAACCAAGCAGGAAGUAGCUUAUAGACAACAUCAUAACAAAAGACCAAGUGCACCCACAUACUCAGACACAACACUAGAUGAUGUACAAGUAUAUACAUAAUACUGGAUUGAAAAUAAAUUACACAGGAGAACAGCUCAGCUAUAAUGGAACAACAUCAAUCAAUUCAGCAGUUCUCACUGCUCCACUUUGAGGGCACCGUAAUGACUCUUUUUGAUUGCCCUUCUUUGAGGGGAUCUCAAUCUGAAUGUCAUGUUCCAGGUCUGCAAAGUACCGCUAGAUUUCAGGUGAAAAACAUUUUGAUAACUGGUGUUGCCAUCUUUUUCAGUUCCAAACAAGGGACAUAAUAAUUCCUCUGGAGCCCAGUAUCACAGUGUUGAGGGUUUUAUGUAUGAAUGUCAUGGAUGUGUGUUUGAUCUGUAGUUUCACAAUGACUUUAUUUGAGUGUAAGCUUUUUCUUAAUGAGCCUCUCAUUUCUCUAAAAAGCACCCUUUUUAGACUGACAAACUGUGCCAAAGACUUCAAUCUGAGAAUUGCUUUAGCUGUUUUUAUGACACAAAGUGAAUGAAAAUACAACCAAAAGUUUUAUAUAACAAGGCAAAUAAAAAUGGUUUUGAGAUGGCACCUGGAGCAGCUCAUUGGAAUUUAAGGGAGAGCAGGUGCCACCCCUGACCACCCCUCUGGACACAACCCUGGCUCUGAGAACCACUCAUCUAAACCUUUAAAAAGCCUAAAUGAUAGCUUGCUGUUUUAGACUAUACACAUCUCUGAAACCAUCUGAAAGUCCUAAUUAUUUUGUACUAAUUUUGGCUGAUUUCUCUGUUUUUAACCACACUCUUGUGCCUCAAGCCAACUGAACAACCAACCAUUAUUAAGCAUGUAUGAUACCACAGCUUGAUCUUUUGAACACACAGGGGGGCAGCCUACUGAGGGUGACCAAUUUAGUUGCAAGUACAGAGAGUAUUGCCUAUGCGGGAUGUUUAGCAACAACCCUUUUUGAUUACUCAUUGAGGUCUGAUAACCAGUAGCUAACAUUAGCAUUUAACUCCUAUUGAACGACUGUUACUACUAGACAGCUGAUAUGACCAUUUGUUUUGAAUUUACUUCUUUCUUGUCCUGGCACUUUGUCACACUGUUAAAAGUUAUUAUAUAAAACCAAGACCUGGUUGAAUGUUGAUGUUACUUGUUGUUGGACGGUACUUUUAUAGGUAAUUAAAUUGUCAUUGGUUUAGUUCAAAGUAUAGCCAAAGUUCUCUCUAGAAACAACGGUGAAUGUGAAGCUGUUUUUCCAGUUUGCUAUAUCCAUAAAUUGGAACCAUCUGAAUACAGUGACUUCUCACCCUAAAUUUACUUACUGUCACCAACAACUCACUGUUUAUGUUUGAAAAGCGUCUUUGUAAUUGAAAUUAUUUACUUCUUCACUCUUCAUCUCUUCAGUUUUUGCUCAUCAUGCAUUUGUACAUCAGUCCUAAUAAGCUGAGCUCCACCUUAUUAAUGUUCUACCCUUUGUGGAGAAAAAAAAUGUAGUUUGGCCAGUAUUAAAUAUUUAUAAAUUCAAAAGAAGAAAAUUAUGUUUGGUUGAAUACACACACAACUUUCCUUGCUCUUCUACAGUACACCCUGAAAUUUAUUGGCCAAGAGAUCACUGAAAUAUCUUUUUCCUGAUUUCAUGUGAUGUAAAAUUGCAGAAAUCAACACGUACAGUUUCAAAAUCAGUUUGAACCACUGUGAAAUGGAGCAUAUGAUUGUUAGCACUGAGCCAUUUUACCUUAGCCUGGCUGGGCCAUCCAGUUGCGUAAAUCACUUGCUGUUCCUUCCAACAACAAGGAAGGAACGGCAAGUGAUUCACGCAACUGAAUGGCCCAGCCAGGCUAAUUUUACCUCACUUGAGAUAAGUCUACCUGAAAGAAUACGCUGCUUGAAAUGAGCCUUUUCUUGCUUUCGUCUGUUUCUCCAGGAUGAUUUGAUGGAGGACACACCACUCUCCAGAUACAGCUACUGAUUGAAUCAUCCGGUGAUUCAUUUCCACCUCUCAGAGAGCAGAAACACAGAAACAGAGCAGACACCAGUGGGGGACCAGAAGGAAGCAUUUGCCUGAAUGUGACCAGGUUUUCUGAGGGUUUAGGGUCUGAGGGAGAGAUGCCUCUCGAUUUACAACUAAACAACUGUGUCUCUAGGAGAGGGGAUUCAGCUUUACUUUUUUUCACAUUCCCUUUAAGCUCCACAGAUCUUCAGUCUGCUGGAAAGAUGAUGUCUCUUUUUCCUGAGGUGAGUUAUUUGUACCUCUACACCCCUGGCUGCCUCCUCAUGUAUGCACAGCACUUUAAUGUGGCAUGAAUGGUCACAGUGCCCCCUGGAGGACUUCUGAGGUAAUGUGGAUCAAGGUAGCAUGAAGUCCUUUAAUGUAUGUAAUACAUGACCUCAGGUUAUUUAGCAAAAAUAAAGAGAGAAAGUCACUGAAAGAGAGAAGAUAUGAAACGCUUUAAGAUGGGAAGUUGCCAACUUAGUUGUAAUGAUUAAAAUAAAUUGUUAUCCCUGUAGUGACCAAAAAUGUAAUGAAGUGCAAUUUCAUACCAAACUUCCAGGUUGCUCAUAUUGUCUUAAUGCUGAGGCCUUGCUGCAGGAAAUCAACAAAACAAGAGCAGAAGCAGGAAUUUUUUAAUGCACAUAACACAGUAACUCUGGAAAAAAAACCUUAUUCUCAAACAGAAGCAGCCACUCAUUCAAUCUUUCAAACUUGUUGCCUAAAUUGUACAUGGAAGUAGUUGAUUUCUGCAGCUUUUAAUGUGUAGUUACUGAUUUUUAAACUUUAACCGCUGUUUUUAAUGUGUUUGUAUUUAACUUGAAUUUGAGGAUAAACGUUUUAUCAACCAGAGAUGAAACCUUGGUUCACAAAAAACCCUUGAUGAAUAACUUCUAAUGGUAAAAUGUCCUUCAGUGGUUAAGGUGUUGUGAAAUACGUAUUAAUACAGAAUGUGUUCGUUUAGUUCAAAUGCUUUUACUGACAAGAAGGAAAGCGGCACAGGGGAGUUGCCAUGUUUUGACUGCUGUUUGCUUUAAGUGUUUUAGCUGGAGUAUUCGCAAAUGUACUUGAACAAGCUGUUGUAUCAGAGUUUUGGUGUGUUCUGAGUUACAGUGAGGUAUGAUAAUAUAUCACCAAAAUGUGGACUGUAAGAAUUUAUUCAUUUAAGGAUUUUCUGUUUGAUAAUAAAACACAAACCACAGAUUAAAAA